UUGGCGACUCUUGGAACGUCUUGUUCACGAAAAAACAUCACAAACACAGAAGAAAGAAAAAUCGCAAACUAUAGCCACAAAAAAAUAAGAACAAGAUUCACACAUAACACAAACACUUUUCAUCCAAUUCAAUAAAGAAAAAAAAAAAGAAUGUCUCGUUAUCGUUCUUUGAAUCCCUUCGCAACAACUCACUCCGAUUCCGGUUCCGAUUCUGACGUUGACUCACUGAGUCAUUUCGUCACCGACCUCUUCGAAAAUCGUUCCCCCGCCGAUCCGGUUUGUCCCUGGGAUGACGACGGUGAUGAAGAUGAUGAUGAAAGUGACGUGAACCCUUUCUCGGGGUUUGCUUGCGAUCAAGGUGAACCGGAGUUAGAAGUAGCGUUAAAUUUAGAUUUAGGGUUUGAUGAUGAAUUUGAAAAUGAAGUUGACACUCGGUAUAACGAUAAUUAUGAUGAUGUUUUUGAUUUUUCAGUGGGUGGUGAUAAUUCCACUGGGAUUAGGGUUGUUGGGUUUGGUUCCGAUUCGGAAUCGAGUGGGCACGAUGAAGAAUUUGGUUAUGAGGGAAGAAAUGAUUGGGAUGAUGAUGAGAGGGUUGGUGGGUUGUGUUGGGAUAGUCUUUGUUUGGAGGAUCAUAGGAGUAUUUUGAAUGAUUGGGAGGAAGUGGGUGAGGAGAGGGUGAAUGAGAUUGAAGAUUCUUCUAGUUUGUUGAUUGGUGAGGUUGAGGUUGAGGUUGAUGAAGUUGAUGAUGUUGAUGAUCAAUCAGUAGCGUCUGGGUUCGAGGAGGAUGAAGAGGAACACGGGGAAGAGGCGUUGCGAUAUUUGGAAUGGGAGAUUCUAUUGGCUUUUAACAAUUUCGAGAGGAGUGGUGGAUUGGAACAUGACGAUGAGAAUAUUAAUAAUUUGUAUUUAGCUGUUCAGGAAGGUUUUAUUUCGGGGAACGCUGAUUAUGAUAUUCUUUUCAGUCAGUUAUUGGAGAAUGAGAGUGGUUUGAAGGGUAGUCCACCGGCGGCGAAGAGUUUUGUGGAGAAUCUCCCUUUGGUGGAAUUGACUGAGGAGGAGUUGAAAAAGAAGGAUGUUAUGUGUGCCAUUUGUAAAGACGAGGUAAUGGCGGAAGAGAAGGUGAGGAAGCUACCUUGCUCACAUUGUUACCAUGGAGAUUGUAUUUUGCCGUGGUUGAAUAUUCGCAACACGUGUCCUGUUUGUCGGUUCGAGUUGCCAACUGAUGAUGCUGAUUAUGAGCAGAGUAAGGUUCAUAGAAUUGCCCGUGAUCUGUUGGAUUUUGCAGCAUAGAUGUAGUUUUCUUACUUGUUGCUUUGCUUUUAGGUUAUUCGUUCACCCAAAUUUAUGUAAAUAGCAGUUGAUUUUGUCUCGUUUAUUCAAAUGAUGAUGAGAACAAAUCUUUUGUAAUUAGUUUUCGUGUUGUGCUCGUUUGAAAUAAGUUUUUACCAUAUAGUGUGCAUUGGAUAUACAUGAGAAAUGGAUGCUGUCAAUACUUAAGUUUAUGUUCAUAAAGGUGAAGUGUUACAAGAUGGAUCAUGUUGAUCGGUUAGUUAGUAUUUCUUUUCAUAAAUUUAUGAUUGUUGUAUUUAGGCAUCUUGGUCCAGAAUCAUAUUGUAUAAAUUAAAAUGUUGAUCAUCUGUAUAUAUGUCUUAAGUUUAGCUUACCCUUUUUUGAAAGAGUUGCAUUCCUAAAGAAAAGGAAAACGAGUAUUAGUUAGCGGAAUGGUAUUGUAAGUUUGUAACUUUGUAUAAGUUAACAUUGUUCUUGUUCACCUUGUUUCCCUUUUUUGGGUAAAGUAAAGGAAGUGCUAUUCUAUGAUUUUUAUUCUUA